UAAUAUCGAUUUAAUUGUCGUCUAAAGUGAAAGUAUGAAAACGUGCUGCACACGUUUUGUUUGUUUAUUAUAAAUGCCAACACGACUCAGGAGUGACAUUAUGUUACUGACAGAUUUCCCAGUCCCCACUGUUGGCGUCCACCACAAGGAAGACAAUACUCAGGCUUUCAUUGCUGGAAAUUUAACAGGCACAGGAUCAAUUUACAUUGCUGAAAGUCAGGUGACAUGGAUAAGUGCUGGUGGAGAGGGUGGGUUCUGUCUUGAGUACCCUAAAAUCUGCCUGCAUGCAAUCUCACGAGACCUGUCAGCAUUUCCCCACGAGUGUCUGUACCUUCAGGUGGAAGGAAAACUCAUAGAGGAUGACAAUCUCAGCACAUCGUCUUCAGAAGAAGAAAUAGAUCCACCCGAGCCGAUGACAGAGGUCCGCUUUGUACCCACAGAUAAAGGGGCAUUGGAUGGCAUGUUCACAGCGUUGUCCCAUUGCCAGAUUCUACACCCUGACCCAGAGGAUGUGGAUUAUGAUGAGAAUUGUGACGAUGAGUUCUAUGUGGGAGAGGAGGGGGAGGAGGCACUCAACGAGGAGGGUCAGGCCAACCUGGCCAGGUUUGAGGCCAUGUUGCAGCAAGGUCAGGGGGACGCCCCCAGCUCUAACGGGCACACAUCGGAAGAAAUGGAGCCCGGUUCGCUUCCAGAAGAUCAGUUUGAGGAUGCAGACAUGGAGCAGUGAAUCACAAGUGCUGGUGUACUGGCUAGAAAUCUGUGUUAAUUCAUGACAUGCAUACAUUUAAUGAUGUUGGAUACUCAGAAAUCUUGAAGACACUCUUGAUUGAUGCACAAUUAAUUCAGCUUGGAUCUUUAUACAGGGGUGUGAUUUUUUUGUCCUUUCAUUUGAUAUUCUCCCUUUCAAUGUUAAACUUAUUUUUACCAAAAGUUAUUAACUUUGCUUGAUCUAUGUACAAAUAAAGAGUUGAGUUGAACUUUAUAUUUGGGUAGGAAAUUUUCCUCCCCUGAGUUGGUUCUCAAAUCACACCCUGGUUAUAAAAACACAUGCGUGAAUGGUGGUUUUCCUUACGCGUGUUGAAACAUGGUGUAAAGUUUCAGACAAUGUGAGAGUAUUUCAUAAUGUAUCAUGUUUGAAUGCAAGUGAAUGUACCUAUGUUAAGGGAAAACAAAUUUUAUGCUUUGGUUUUUGUGGAUGUUUUUAUAAAUACUUGUAGGUCAUAUACAGUAGGACAUCACAUACACUUUCAGUGGUUGACAUUAUAUUUUCAUAGUAAAAAAUUACUUUGAAUUAUCAAGUUUUAACUUGGUUUGCGUUAUCACAAUAUAUAUUUUUUUUGUGACGUGAUACUUGGUUUAUCAGUUAUACAGUUGUGUACAGAUGCAAUAUGACAGUGGCUGUUGUAAAUAAACAAUCUUUACGGAA